AUGGAAAAGCUCAUCAAGCGUCCUGACAAGCUCCGAGGAGACCCAAAAAAGCGUAAUAAAGAUAAAUAUUGUCGUUUUCAUCGCGAUCACUGCCAUAAUACAUCAAAUUGCUGGGAAUUGAAGUGCCAGAUUGAAGACCUCAUUCAAGAUGGCUACUUCAAAAAAUUCGUUGGAAAACCGAGGUCCAACUCAGUGGAGAAGAAAGAAGAGAGGAAGCGUUCAAGGACGCCGCCUCGUCGAGAUGACCGACCUAUGGUCAUCAACACUAUCUUCGGGGGCCCUAGUGGGGGCCAGUCUGGAAAUAAAAGGAAAGACCUAGCUCGCGAAGCCAAGCGUGAGGUAUGCAUCAUCAGGGAGCAAAAACCGACUUGCUCCAUUACCUUCAGCGACGCCGAUCUGGAGGGGGUCCACUUGCCCCAUAAUGAUGCACUUGUGAUCACCCCUCUUAUCGAUCAUGUCCUGGUCAGAAGAGUAUUGGUAGAUGGAGGCGCGUCUGCCAACAUCUUGUCCCUUCCGACAUAUCUGGCCUUGGGAUGGACCAUGUCUCAGUUGAAGAAGAGUCCAACACCAUUGGUUGGAUUCUCUAGAGAAUCGGUCUCUCUAGAAGGGUGUAUCGACUUGCCGGUUACGAUUGGGCAAGAUGAUACACAAGUAACUCAGAUGGGCGAGUUUGUAGUGAUCGACGGGAGGUCGGCCUACAACGCCAUCUUCAGGAGACCCAUCAUCCAUUCGUUCUAG